AUGUGCGGCAAGAGACGCUCUCCUCAUCACCUGUUGUUUGUGCUGUCGAUCUUGUUUCUCUGCGAGAUCAGAUGUCAACCUCCCCAUCAACUCUUGGGCGUCGAGCCAGACGCACCGCCCUCCCUGCUAAAGAAAGCCUACAGGAAGAAGUGCCUCGAGCUUCAUCCCGAUAAGCAUAAGUCACCGGAGAAGAAGGCCUGGGCGGCGGAGAAGUUCAUUGCGCUGAGCAAGGCGUAUGAGGCCCUCCUAGACGAGGCUCGGGACGACAGUUGGACGAGCCGGCAAUCAUCACAGUAUCGGCAAGCAGAGCGAGAGAGAACGGAGAGAAUGAGCCGCGAGAAGAAGGAGCAUCUGAUGCGAGAGCGAUCAGAGCACAUGCGAAGAGAGCAGGAGAAGCGCUCAAAACGAAGUGAAAUGAACAACCGAGCCAGCCAGCGAGCAAGAGAGCAAGCAAGGGAGCGCGAGGCAAACUAUGCAUGGUAUGACGUUGAAGCUGAUACAGCGAGGAAUGGAGAGCUUUACCACAGUGAAAGAGACAAGAAGACAGUGAAAGAUCUCCUAGUGAACAUGACAAACACUUCUUUGAUCUCCUACACCAUGACCGUUCAAAGAUCCUUCGUGGGACUUGCUCACAACUCGACGCAUCUCUUCGUGGUGGAAGUUGCGGACAUCGAGCGGAUUCGUUUCUCUUCGAUGACAAUUCCUCUCAAAGAGAUGUCGUCAGUGAUCUCAGGCGAAGGAGGUCGAUACCUCAAGAUCAAGACAGGAGGCAGCAGCGAACAACUUUCAUUCCUCAACAUUGCCGUCCAAGACUACAACAUUGAGGAACUCUCGAGGUUCAUGGCGAGCCUGGAGAAGCACAGCAUGGCGUGUAGAGAAUCGACUCCAGGGAGUGAGGAUGGGAACCCUCAACAAGCGUCGCAGAAGCAGGCAGAGGAGCAGGAGCGGGAGUCUUCGGCGAGCAGAGAGCCAGGAGAGGAGAAAGAGGAAGAGCAGCCGACUCUUGCGUUGGUGGACGAUGGAACGAGUGCGUUGAGCGACGCCUAUGUCCGACUCUCCUCCAUCGACCAACUCGAAAUCCUGGCGCUGACCGAGUCGCACAUCCUUCAUGUCUGGCUGCCCCUGCCGGACGAGCAGGGCGGUAGAGCUCAGGUCUUCCGCGCUCCUCUCCCCUACAUCAAGAACGUCAGGAGCACGUCGACAGGAGGACUGCUCGUGGAGAUCCGAGGGGACUGGGAGCCGAUCGAGCUGGAGGCCGUUCGCUAUCCCAUCGCGGAGCUCCGAGAGUUCUUCGAGUCCCUUCACCUCGCAGUUGAGAACUCAAGAAGUGCGAUGAGUGGAGGAUGCGAUGAGAACCAUCAUGACACGUUGGCAGACUCGAGGAAGAAGUUGCCGUACGUGGGAGAUGUUCCUCGACCGCAACAACCCACUCUCCCUGUCGAGAACUUUGACAGUUCACCUGAAGCUGGACGGCGCGAUGUUCCUUCUCAGAAUGAGAUGAAGAGCGAGGACAGUGGCGAUGGUGACAGUAAGGAAGAUGUCAGCAACGAGAGGUCAAACUCGGAAAGUUCGGUUCCUCCGGAGGAGAUCAUGAAUCAAACGACAUCAGAGGAGAAGACGGAAGAAGAGAGUCGUGAAGUCCUCGGGAACGAGACUGAGGAAUGCAAGUUUGAGGAUGAGACGGGCAUGGCUGAUGAGGAGGUGAUGUCUUUCAGUUCAAAGGAUGGAUCAACUCAGGUAGUCCUCAGCUCCUGGCACUUGAAGGCUGUCAAGGAUGGACGAAGGUCGACGAUAAGAGGAAGGCUGGAGGAAGCAAGGGUGACUCGCAACUUCGAGGGAGACUUGUGGAUCGAAUUCCAGGAAUCUCCUACUAUUCAUUUCAACUUUCUCUCGUUCAAUUCCGCCGAUCUGUCGAAACUUUUCGAACUCCUGUACCUCAAGUGCGUCUCAUCGGGACGAUCGCCGACCUUCACCUCCCGCCACGUCACCUUCACCAUCGGCAACGAUCGGGGGGUCGACGCAGAGGAGGCCAGACAUCACGAGGAUUCGCAGCAGUUUGCGGCUGGUCAGGACGAGCUGGGCAGUGAGGGCGGCGAGCAGGCUGACGAGGUCGGGUCGCUGAACUGGAGGCUGCACAUCCUGGAGUCCGAGCUCAACAUCGGAUCAGAGGAUGGGGAGGACGAGCUUGUAGCUCCGCACUCAGAUGGGGAGGGGAUGGAACCAGCAGGGCAUGCCAACCACUCAGCCUCCGAGGCUCAGUCCCGGCACUCGGAUGAGCAAGCUGGCGGCGACUCGGAAGUUCCUCCUCCUCCUCCUGUAUGACUCAGUGACUGUACGGGCAUGCCUCAGUGCCGUCGAGGCAGCCCGGGCCCGGGUUGACGGGAGUCGGGAUUGGCUGCUGAGUCGUUCGAGGCGGCCCAGCCGGGCACUGCAACUUUAAUUCUUUCCUCGACCUAACGGGGGAUCAGCAUUAGAGCGGAAGGAGGCCUUCAUUACUGUC